CUUUGUUUUUGUUUUCACAAAGUUUCUAACGUCUGUGUAUAAUGCGUAUUUUUAUAUUUAUUUAUGUAAUUUUGAUUAAAAGUGUUCUUAGUAUAGCAAAUUUAAAAUACUACGAAACAUUCAGUUCAAUUGGUGUUACAUCAAUUGUGAAGAGAUCUAAUGGUGAACAGAAAGUAAUUAAACAAGUCAGGUUCAAAGUAUUUGACAGAGAUUUUCAUCUUCACCUCACAACGGGCACUACUGUGUUAGCUGGAAAUUUCAAGGCAUAUAUGGUGUAUGAAAAGGAAAGAACGUCUCAGUUUUUUAUUGAUCAAAGUAAAAUAUUUUCUGGGUAUCUUAUGGGAAAUGAAGAUGUAUCUGUUAGUGCCUUUGUUGAAGAUGACUUGUGGACUAUACAUAUAUAUGAUAUAAAUGAUACAUAUGCUGUAGAGCCAGCUCAUAGGUUAAUAAAAGAUUGGCAAAACCUAAAUCAUAGUCAAAUUGCUUACAGAAGUUCUGAUCUGAGAAAGGGUGCUUCACAGUGUGGUGUUAGUUCUCCAAUGUCUCCUAUAAGUCAGCAGUCCCAAAAUUUAAAUAAGCAGAUGGACAAUAAAUUUUCAGAAAAGACAGCUAAAAAUUCCCACUCUAGAAGGGCUAGGGACUCACCUGACCAAAACACAUGCAUCGUGUCUCUGUUUGGUGACUACUUUCUGUACAAGAGGCACUGCAACAGUAAUCCCUGGUCAUGUUCUGCCUUUAUGAUAAGUGUUUCCCAUUAUGCAGAUAGGAUAUUCCGAUCAACAACAUUUGAAGGGGAGGCUAAUACGUAUUCCAAUAUUGGAAUUCAAGUCGGUAAGAUAACAUUGUUUACUUCACUAAGUAAAACAGAACAAGGACAGGCACAUUUUAACUCUGAAGACCUGCACUGGGAGGCAUCAACUAAAUUACAGGCAUUUGGACAGUAUGCUAGUUUAUUGAAAGAAGACUUCUGUUUAUAUAUUUUGAUAACAAGCUAUCCAUUUACCGAUGGAAUAUUAGGAUUAGGCUAUCAGGGUGGCGCCUGCACAAAAAAUUUAGAAAAGGGAAGGUUUAUCUGUGUGUCUCUUGUGACUGUUGAAUCUGGUGAAGGCAACACAGUAACCAACCUACAGACAAGUCUUGUCUUUACUCACGGUCACAACUUUGCCAGUGACCAUGACCCUGACACUGAUGAAUGCUCUUUUGAGGAGUCGGACGGAGGCAAUUUCAUCAUGUGGCAUCAGUCUGUUUCAGGCCAUGAGAGAAACAACAAGUUAUUUUCACCAUGUUCCAAAAAAACUAUUGGAAGAAAACUGGACAAGGCCAAAUGUCUAGUUGAAAAGUCUUCAAUAACAAAACUGUGUGGUAACGGCCUGGUUGAAGAAGGGGAGGAAUGUGAUGGUGGAGCUUUAGGCACUGUUGGUUCAGACCAAUGCUGUAAUUCUGAUUGUACCUUUAAAGUCUGGGCUUCAUGCAGCUCCAUCAAUACCCAGUGCUGCCAGAACUGUACAAUAGCCCCAGUAGGAACUCUUUGCAUGGAUGAGAAUGUUCUAGACUGUAAAGCUCCGAGCUACUGCACAGGAGACAGUUUCAAAUGUCCUGAUCAGCCAAAUGCUAAAGAUUGGACAGAGUGUCUUCCUGGUGCCAAGUGUUACAAAGGUGAAUGUAAGGAUGUCUGCGAAUUAGAAUCUAUCACUGAGAAUUUCACUUUACAAGCCUGUCUCUGCAGAAGUUCAGGUAUCAGUGCCUGCCAGUUUUGCUGCUUCAAUGUAUCAGAAGAAAACAGUGUGUGUAAGCCUAUCAAGGAUGACAUAGUUAGAGACGGCACUGCCUGUUAUGUGGGACACUGCACGGCAGGAGUUUGUACCAGUAAAAUCACUUCCACCGUGAACAGAUUGUUUUCUUACAUAAACUCCAUUGAAAAGUCUGGAAUCAGAUCUUUCAUGCUUUCUAAUAUGGUGCUUGUUAUCAUAAUAUUUGCAUCUGUAUUCUGGAUACCAGCCAUGCUCUUCUGUAAUCAUUUUGAUCGCAUUGAGUCAGAAGAGAAGGAGAUCCAAGAAACGAUUUAUGACAGAAGAAUGUCACUGUACAGGAACUCUGCUAUGUUUGAAGAAUUACUUCAAAGGUAUUCAAUCGCAUCCCAAUACCGAUUUCCAUCAUUUCAUCGCAGAUUUUCACAAAGAUCUUCACGGAGAUCUUCGACAAUGUCUUCAGCAUCUCAGUAUAAACCAGUUUAUUCCCUUUUUGAAGUACCAGAUGAGAAUGUGCAAAGGGCAUCCACAAAAUCGCUUGAGAAUGAGCAAAGGGCAUCCAUAAAAUCGCUUGAGAAUCAACGAAGGGCAUCCAUAAAAUUGUUUGAGAAUCAGCGAAGGGCAUCCAUAAAAUCACUUGAGAAUCAGCAAAGGGCAUCCACAGUCUCUGACAUAUCCACCCUGAGUCGAGGGUCCAUCAGUUUUUGGGAUAAGAAGAACAUGGCUGCUGAGGGUUAUGGAAACCGUGUAUCAGUUGUGGGCUUAAUAAAUAAGAAACAACCCGCAGUUACAAAUUCUGGAACCAAGAUUAGCCGGACUGAUUCAGGUUUUUCUUACCUUUUUUCAUAA